UGUGAGUCAUGAUUGUGCUGAUCGCCUCACACCGCAGCGAUGAUCCAACAGAGCUGAUUGAGCCUCACGGGGGAGCAGAGCCGGUACUGACGCUUCGGAGGGUUUUGAAAACGCCGAGGAAACGUCUCUGAAAUGCCGCUGUGACCGACCGCACCGCUCGGCAUCCAUGGUCUAUUUGUCCGGGACGCAAACCGAGGCGCGCAGCGUCAAACCGGGACAGCUGCUCGAAAUGUUCGACUCGUCGUGGAAGGUGCGGAACAUUUGGGACGGGGUGAAGCUGGAGGUGGCGGAGGACCCCAGCCCGGUGGUCCUGCACAGCUUCACACACCUGGACCCGGACCUGCCUCUGGUCGAG